AAAAGGUUUUGGUUUUCCAGGUUUUGUUUGUUAAUAUAUUUGUUUUGGUGAUAUUGGCUUGAAGUACUAUCUUUAAAUUCUAUCCAAUAUUGUGUUAAUUUUUACCGGUUAUUUUCUAUAUAGACCCUGUGUACAUUGAAAUAUCUUUUGAAAUUGUUGAGUUAAAAGCAUGGCUAAGUCAAGUUCCGAAUCUAGUGAUAGUGAGGAGGAUAGGAAACAGAGAGAUGAAUUUGCUGCACGACUUAGGAAAAAAGAUAAAGAAAAUACAAGAAAAAUUACAACUAUUCAUUCAGAUAAGAGAGCAUAUGAAGAAGCGGCGAAAAGAUUAAAAAUUGAUUCAGAGCACCAGGAAAAAUUGAUUCCUCGAUUAAGAGUUGAAUCAAGAAGGAAAUACUUAGAAAAACGAAAAGAAGAUAAAGUUCUUGAGCUUGAAGCAGAUGUUGUUGAUGAUGAAUAUCUUUUCAAUGAGGAAGAACUCACUGAGCGGGAAAGGAAAGACAGAGAUCAUAAAAAGAAAUUAUUAAUUCUCGCAAAGGAACAUGAGAGAGCAAGAGAAUUGGAAAAGGUUCAGAGAUAUCAUAUGCCUAGGGAUGUUAAAGAUAGUGUCGAACAAUAUGAAGAAGUCGAUGAGAGGGAAAACAAACCAAAUUACGAACAAAGGAAAUGGGAGGAGGAACAGAUGUCAUCUGCUGUAUUUCACUUUGGCGCUAAGAAAAAAGAUAAAUCCCAAGAAGAAUACGAUUUAGUUCUAGAUAAUCAGAUCGAGUUUAUUCAGGCUAUGAGUCUAGCUGGAACUAAAGAAAAGCCUGAGCCACAAUUAACAGAAAAAGAAAGAAAAAGAUUGACUAUUGAAGAAACUCAAAAAAGCCUCCCUGUUUACAAGUUUAAGAAUGAACUUGUACAAGCUAUCAAGGAUCAUCAAGUUCUGAUUAUCGAAGGUGAAACAGGCUCAGGCAAAACUACUCAAAUCCCACAGUAUUUAUACCAAGCAGGCUUUACUGAUGAUGGUAAGAAGAUUGGAUGUACUCAGCCAAGAAGAGUUGCUGCAAUGUCAGUCGCAGCGAGAGUUGCCGAAGAGAUGUCCGUUAAGUUAGGAAAUGAGGUAGGUUACAGUAUUCGUUUUGAAGAUUGCACUUCAGAAAGAACCAUUAUAAAAUAUAUGACGGAUGGUACUCUUCACCGAGAAUUUCUCUCUGAACCAGAUCUGCAAACUUACAGUGUGAUGAUCAUUGAUGAAGCUCACGAGAGAACGUUGCAUACAGACAUAUUGUUCGGUUUAGUUAAAGAUAUUGCGAGGUUUAGAUCAGAUCUUAAACUUCUUAUAUCCAGUGCUACGCUGGACGCAGAAAAAUUCUCAGCAUUUUUUGAUGAUGCUCCAAUAUUCAGGAUUCCAGGAAGAAGGUUUCCAGUUGAUAUAUAUUAUACCAAAGCUCCCGAAGCAGACUAUAUUGAUGCUUGUGUCGUAUCGAUCCUACAGAUACAUGCAACGCAACCACUAGGCGAUAUUCUUGUGUUCCUUACUGGUCAGGAAGAAAUCGAGACCUGCCAAGAAAUUUUGCAAGAUAGAGUAAGGCGUCUUGGAAGCAGAAUUAAAGAACUAUUAAUCCUUCCAGUUUACUCUAAUUUACCAUCUGACAUGCAGGCCAAAAUCUUCCAGCCAACUCCUCCGAAUGCAAGAAAGGUUGUGUUAGCCACAAAUAUUGCUGAAACCUCUCUUACUAUAGACAACAUUAUUUAUGUCAUUGAUCCUGGUUUCUGUAAGCAGAAUAAUUUCAACUCUAGGACCGGUAUGGAAUCAUUGAUAGUUGUGCCCGUUUCAAAGGCUUCAGCCAAUCAGAGAGCAGGAAGAGCUGGACGCGUGGCCGCUGGAAAAUGCUUCCGGCUCUUUACAGCGUGGGCAUACAAACAUGAACUGGAAGAUAACACUGUUCCAGAAAUUCAAAGGAUGAACUUGGGAAAUGUUGUGCUCACCCUCAAAGCUCUAGGAAUUAAUGACUUGAUUAAUUUUGAUUUCUUAGAUCCUCCUCCACAUGAAACAUUGGUACUUGCUUUAGAACAGCUUUACGCAUUGGGAGCUUUGAACCAUCAUGGUGAGCUGACGAAAUUGGGUCGAAGAAUGGCUGAGUUUCCAUUAGACCCAAUGAUGGGGAAAAUGUUACUUGCUUCUGAAAAGUAUAAAUGUAGCGAGGAAAUAGUUACAAUUGCUGCAAUGUUGUCAGUGAAUGGUGCCAUUUUCUACAGACCUAAGGACAAAGUUGUCCACGCUGAUACUGCGAGAAAAAAUUUUUUCCUUCCUGGCGGUGAUCACCUUGUUCUCUGGAACGUAUACAAGCAGUGGUCGGACACUGAUUUCAGCACCCAAUGGUGUUAUGAAAAUUAUAUACAGUAUAGGUCAAUGAAAAGAGCUAGAGAUGUUCGGGAGCAACUGGUAGGUCUGAUGCAACGUGUAGAGAUGGACAUAAUUUCCAAUCCUACUGAUAGCAUUGCCAUAAGGAAAACUAUCACAGCUGGAUAUUUUUAUCACAUUGCGAGGCUUUCUAAGGGCGGUCAUUACAAAACAGUCAAACAUAACCAAACUGUAAUGAUACAUCCAAACAGUUGCCUGUUCGAGGAUCUCCCUCGCUGGGUUGUCUACCAUGAGCUUGUUUUCACUACAAAGGAGUUUAUGCGACAGGUUGCUGAAAUUGAGAGUAAAUGGCUGCUUGAAGUCGCACCACAUUAUUAUAAACCUCGUGAAUUAGAAGAUUCAACAAAUACCAAGAUGCCUAAGGUAUUAGGAAAGACGAGAGCACAGCUGGGAGAACAUUAGAAAUAUAUCUUUGUAUAUAAUUGUAAAUUUAUGAAUUGUAAAUUCUCUUAACUUAUAAGUCUUAUUAAAUUAAUUAUACAAAUUUUGUAUUUUUUUAUAAUAAAGAUUAUUUUUGUUCCUAACAUUUCCAUGAUUCUGUUAUUACAUAUAGUGCG